AUGUCGGAUACUUCGUUGGAGCUACUCCCCUCUAAGAAAAGUCGUCGAACGCGCUCUCAACAAUCAACAAUAUCCACUGUUUUAUCAGUCGAAAUACCUAAGAAGGGUAAAGGCAAAGCAAAAGCUAUUGACACUGCCCCAGGAUCUUACAAGCGUAAAUCGCGUAACAAGGUGCCUAAAGAGGACGAAGAGAAUGAGGAGAAGCGAGUAGACGAGCUUAUAUCGGAAAGGACAAAGCGUGCUUGGGAGACUAGAAGAGCUAGAGCUGUUCCAGCUAUCACGGAGGAUGGAGUUUCACGAGUUGAUGAAAAUGGCGCUGGACCAUCAUCAUCCCCGCUUCAGACACCUCUUCCAACUUCUGAAUUGCUAUUAUCAAUUCAUCGACACGCUUCUCAGUUCUAUACAAAUAACGGAUUACUCUUCCAAUCUGAGAAGAAGGCUCGUCAAAAACCUUGGGGAAGUAAGAAACGUGUGUUGAUUGUACAAGACGCUACAACAUUGCACCCGAAUUCAGAUUCAAACACGGCUCCAAGCAGAAAAUCAAAGUCAAAAUCACAAUCGCAAUCACAAUCUACUGAACUAUUCGAGGAAGGUGAAAUCGCAGAUGAACUGGAUCCAGUGCAGAUCAAACAAGAGGGUCUUGUAGAUGAUUAUGGUGAACUCAUCUUCAAUAGAGAUAGAGAUCAAGGCAGCGAGUACACAGAGAAAAGAGACAGAUCGAAAGGAAAAUAUAAGAAAAGGGAUUUGUACAGAGCGAUCGAAGGUGAAGGCUUGAUGGCUUUGGGUGUAUUGCUCCAGGAGCAUAUCAUAUCAUCUAUUCACGCCGCGGGAUAUAGACCAAAGAAUCAUUCUCAGGUUGAGAAUCAUAUACCGAGACAAAAUGUCAGAAUCCCACCUAACAAUGGGCCAAAAUCACCUUCAUUGGAAUAUGAAUCAGAAGAAGGUGGAUCAGAACGAAGUAAAGAUAGUUUCUUUCGACAUCAGAUGCAAUAA